CGUGGUGGGUAGGAUUAGACUUCAUAGUUUGCUCUUGUACACUGGCUCUCUUUUUGAUGAGUUAGUAUUGGAUUACAGGUUCACACGCUAGCCUCUAGACCGCCCGUCGCCCCGACCAAUUGCUCCAUUCAUUCCAAACGCCGGAGACGGCGUCGCCCCUGAUUGGUUAUCAGCCUUGGGCUAAGAAACUUUCCCACGGCCAGCGCGUGCUGACAGCCGGCCAGCCACUCAUCACAACCGGGACAGACAGCCACAGUGCUUGCGGAUGGACGGACGGACACUGGGGCGAGUGUGUCACGAACCGAAAGUCUAUUGGACCCCUGUCAAAUUUAUUCAUAGAACGGGGUGUGUCUGUGCCAUAGAGUUUGCUUGCAACUGUGCCGUCACUCAAACUCAUGGCUGUCUCGUAAUUGGCAAGUUAUGGUGCCAUGUCCCGCCCCUCCUGGGUGGCAGUCGUGUAGAAAUUAUACGGUGGGAAGGCUUGGUCCUUCAAACGGAUCAACUCGAGGUGUACCUGACAGACGCACAGCGACUCGGAGAAUUGGGAGACUUGGACUUUAUAUAUAUACACUGUAGUGUACUCUGAACGAGGGAAAAACAGCAGCGGAUUAAAAUGAAACGGAUUCACGAUUUUAGCUCAUCGGACAGCGAGCUGGACGAGAACAUUGAGGUUGAGAAGGAGAGUGCGGAUGAAAAUGGGAACGUGAUUUCACCCCUUGGGCCGAUGUCUCCAUCAACAAAAACUCAAGUGAAUGCGAGGAAGCGCCGUCGAGGAAUCAUUGAAAAACGGCGCCGCGACAGAAUCAACAACAGCCUCACGGAGCUGCGUAGACUGGUCCCCAGCGCGUUUGAGAAGCAGGGUUCAGCUAAACUGGAGAAAGCAGAGAUUCUGCAGAUGACGGUGGAACAUCUGAAGAUGCUUCAUGCUGCUGGAGGAAAAGGUUACUUUGAUGCCCGUGCUCUGGCCACGGACUACCGAGGUCUGGGUUUCAGGGAGUGUCUGGCUGAGACAGCCCGCUACCUGAGCAUCAUCGAGGGGCUGGACAGCGCUGACCCCCUGAGGAUCCGCCUGGUCUCCCACCUGAAUAGCUACACGUCCCAGAGAGAGGCCCUCUCCAUCUCUGGGAUAGGGCACCUGGCCUGGGGCUCUGCCUUUGCGUCGCCCCCCUCCGCCCAACUGGCCCACCUCCUCCUACGGCAGCAGCACCAUCAACAUCAGCAGGGGGCGACGUUACAGUUACCACGGAGCGCCUCCAACAGCCCUCCGUCAUCCUCCUCUUCUACUCCUUCAUCCUCCUCCUCUCCGAUUGAGAGAGCGCCACGUUCCUCGCCCCAUGGCCAUGCUCCCAGCAGGCUUAGCGGUGCCACCCCCCUCUCUGAGCACAGCCAUUCCCAGGGGGGCCCUCACCACGUCCCCCCCAGCGCUGCCCCCCUCCCCCCGGGGCUGAACCUCACCGUGACCUCCUCAGCCGCCGUGACCGCCAAGCUCUCCCCUCCCCUCUCUCUGUCCUCCCUCUCCACCCUGUCGGCGUUCCCCUUCCCCUUCAGUGCCUUCCCCCUGCUGUCCCCCAGCACCCUCAGCUCCCCUUCCUACACCCCCUCCAGCCAGGCCAGCUUGGGGAAGCAGCCCUACCGGCCCUGGGGCAUGGAGAUAGGGGCUUUCUGAAUGAUCUUUAACCCCCCUCCACACAGAAUAAACUGACCAUAUAGAUCAAUAGAGGUCGCACCAUCACUAUGAACUCAACUCAGUUCACCAGCUGAGAAGGACCUUUCCAAGACAAUGUUUUUCUAGACCUUUCCAUGGCCAAGACAAUGUUUUUCUAGACCUUGCCAUGGCCAAGACAAGAUUAUGUUUUUCUAGACCCUUCCAUGGCCAAGACAAUGUUUUUCUAGACCUUUCCAUGGCCAAGACAAGAUUAUGUUUUUCUAGGCCUUUCCAUGGCCAAGACAAGAUUAUGUUUUUCUAGGCCUUUCCAUGGCCAAGACAAGAUGGAGUUUUUCUAUCUCACAUCCUAUAGAGGAUUUCUUAGAAAUUGUGUUUCAAAUCAAAGUUUGUUGGUCACACACAUAUUUUGCAGAUGUUAUCGUGGGUGUAGCUAAAUGCUUGUGUUUCUAGCUCCAACAGUACUGUAAUAUCUAGCUAAAUGCUUGUGUUUCUAGCUCCAACAGUAAUACCUAGCUAAAUGCUUAUAUUUCGAGCUCUAACAUUAAUACCUAGCUAAAUGCUUAUGUUUCGAGCUCCAACAGUGCAGUAAUACCUAGCUAAAUGCUUGUGUUUCGAGCUCCAACAGUGCAGUAAUACCUAGCUAAAUGCUUGUGUUUCUAGCUCCAAUA